GAAGUUAGAGGCUCAAACGUACGAACCAAUUUGCAAAAGAGACCAGAGAUAUAUCUUAUUCCAACAUGACGAUAGUAGAGCUCGUAGUGCACAUGGACUGUGCUGGCUGCGAGACCAAGAUAAGGAAAGCUCUGAAAAAGCUGAAAGGAGUGGAUGCUAUUGAUGUAGACGUCAACACGCAGAAGGUGACUGUAAUGGGAUGGGCUGACCAAAAAAAAGUGUUGAAAGCAGUUAGGAAGACUGGAAAGAGAGCUGAGCUUUGGCCUUACCCUUACAAUCCACAAUACCACAACAUCAAUAAUCUCCAAUACUACCGUCAACAUCAGCCACACGAUCAUCAUCAUGAUCAUCACCAUCAUGGCUACAAGAAGCAAGCACCCAUCAUCACCUAUAACUCAAUACCUAAUUCAUCCUACUCCUACAACUACUACAAGCAUGGCUCCACAAGUCAUGAGCAUGGCUACUAUCAACCUCCUCCUUACUCCACCAUUUUUAGCGAGCAGGACACUGCUGCGUUCAGUGACGAUAACCCUCAUGCUUGCUCCAUAAUGUGAAUUGACUGUGAUGUGAACAUAUUAAGAUAUGUAUAUAUGCCAGUGGUUUUCUCCAGCUUUUUUGUUUUCAUCUUUUAAUAAGAAUGUUAGCGUCAGUUGUUUAUGCACCGACAAUUCUAUGACGUGGUGGCAUAACUUUUUAGUUUUAAGGUUUUCUUCUUCACUACCUUUGUAAAUACGGUGUGUUGUCAUGUAUAUUAUUAUAAUACAGAGUGGUGGCGACAUAUAAUUAUUUGGUUCC